AUGUCUAAUGGAAACACAACUCUCAGCUAUACACCGGGCGGUGCUGAUGAUCCAGCAAAUCCAUUUCAUUAUAUGCCUUCGAUGGCUCCUGCCAUUGUAUCCUUAAUCUUCUUCACCCUCUUAUUUAUUAUUCUCACCAUUUUGACGAUUUGGAAACGAAGUUGGUAUAUGAUUACACUUUUAGUUGGAUGUAUUUUAGAAAUCAUAGGUUAUGCAACUCGAAUUCCAUUAGUUUUAAAUCCUGUAGGACAAAUUCCUUUAUAUGCAUGUAUGAAUGCUUGUCUCAUCAUUGCACCUGUAUUUAAUGCUGCUAUUGAAUAUGUAUUGUUUGGUCGAUUAGUACAUGCUCUAGGUGAUCAUUAUUCAUUAAUCAAACCAAAACUGAUUGCUUGGAUUUUUAUCAUUUGCGAUGCCUUUUCAUUUUUAAUACAGAUAAGUGGUGCUGGACUACUCUCCUCAGCUAAAGGCAAUUCAGAAAGCGCAAAAACUGGCCAGACUAUUCUUCUAGCUGGUCUUGGAGUUAACCUCGCAUCAUUUGCUAUUUUUUGUCUCCAACUCGUCUAUUUUGAAUAUCGUAUAAGAAGAUUAUCUCCCAUCAUUACAAAUGGUAAUAUCUAUGAGAAACGUUGGCGACGAUUCCUCUACAUUAUCUAUCUCAGCAGUACUUUCGUCUUGAUUCGACAAAUCUAUCGUGUAAUUGAAUUUGCUCAAGGUUUUACUGGUUACCUAGCAGUUCAUGAAGUCUAUUUUUAUAUUUUUGAUACUAUACCUAUUUUUAUAUCCAGUGCCGUUUACACUAUUUGCUUUCCUGGCAAUGGUUAUCUGCCACCAAAUAAAAAUGACACUUUUGCUACUAUGCAUAACAAUGAAUACAAUAUAACCCGUUGGAGACGAUUCAAUUUUGCUAGAAAAUAG